GAGCCGUGUUUGCCCCUGAUAGUCACCAAAGCUCAAGCACUCACGCUCGUUCUUGUACCACCUUGGUGUCUAACACAUCUCAAUACCACAGUUUAUUAUUACUAUUUCUGUUUGGAUAAUGCCUGCCACAAGGACAACAUUGCGCUCGACGAAGCGCGCUGGCAUCGACAAACACAAGACAAUAACCUCAAGGGCUACCAUAGUCGUGGAGGAAAUGCAGGACCUGGCAGACUGCAACAUUCAUUAUCCGUUAAGCGAAAAUGAACGCAAAACCUUCAAGACGCUCGACGGCAAGCGCGUUACUCCGCAUCAAUGGGCAGUAUACGAUUUCACCAGAACGAUUCCUUGCGGUCGUGUCACGACGUACAAGGACAUCUGCGUCGCUCUUGGGCAAGGUUCGCCGCGAUCAGUUGGCUCUGCGCUUCGAAAUAACCCGUUUGCACCAUUUGUGCCUUGCCAUCGCAUCAUCGCAUCAAAUAUGUACAUUGGUGGAUUCUUUGGUGAAUGGGGCACUGGCGCAAACGCAAGGGGUGGGCAGAAGAACACUGGGUUACAGUGCAAUAGAAAGAUGGAGAUGCUUGCAAAAGAGGGGGUUACGUUUUCCGUGGAAGGGUAUCUUACAGAUGAUUCUCAGCUUUGGAUUGGGAGAGGUUGAAAUGGCUUCCUUGGCAGUUAUGUAUGAUGCCACCGGAGUAAGCUACUGUUGGGUAUCACCAGUUCACCAUCAAUGUCCAUCAAAACGAUAUAACCAAAUGAUUGGCUGUAGAGGCCUGUGUUUCUGAGAUGCAUUACUUAUAUCAUCUCCUUUACUUAAUCCUGGUCUGCGUGUUGGAUUCAAUCUAGGACGAAAGACUCGACC